AUGUUAGGAAAUCAGCAAAUGACAGCAGAUAGUAGGAAAAAAGCACUGGGAAGUUCAGAAAGACAGGAAGACCAGGAGGAUAUACCAUCCUGGGGACAUUGGCAUCAGCUGAAGGAAGAAGUAAAGGCAUUAAAAAACCUCAGAAGAUUUAUUUAUACAUGUGGUGGAACUUUAAAAGGACUCAAUGGAACUAUAGAAAGUCCAGGCUUUCCGUAUGGAUAUCCAAACGGUGCAAACUGCACAUGGGUCAUAAUUGCAGAAGAAAGAAAUAGAAUACAGAUAGUAUUUCAGUCUUUUGCUCUAGAAGAAGAAUAUGACUAUUUAUCAUUAUAUGAUGGGCAUCCUCAACCAGCAAACUUCAGGACAAGGUUAACAGGAUUUCAUCUUCCUCCACCUGUGACCUCCACAAAAUCUGUAUUUUCAUUACGAUUAACCAGUGACUUUGCAGUGAGUGCUCAUGGAUUUAAAGUAUAUUAUGAAG